AUGGAUCCAUUAUCUGUUUUGGGCGCCAUCGCAGCCUCCUCUCAAAUCGCCCAGCAAAGCUACGAUGCCAUUAAAUUCUUGAACGAUAUCAAAACGCAAAUGCAGCAUGGUCCGAAGAAGAUUCGUGGACAAAUACAACACAUUGAGCAAUUCAUCACUCUUCUAGCAUUAGUUAUUAAGAAUACCUCUUUACAAACCUCCGAAGUGUCUUCGGUUGUGAGAACUUGUUCUAAUUCUGCAAAAGAUAUCAAGGACAGCCUUGAAAGUUAUCUUGCUACUCCGGAUGAUGGGAAAAGGGUGAAAUUGCGAAAAGCAUUUACAGGAGUGAGAGCAGAAAAGAAGUUAUCCUCUAUGAUUGCGGAUCUCGAAAGAGAGAAGUCCUUGUUGAGUCUCCAUAUCCAAAGGAUCGAUUUAUCUAUAUUGCAGACAGUCAAUUUCAAUGCAAAAAAUAUAAAUUUGACAGUUGGCGCGGUUGCAAAUGAUGUUACGGAUGUCAAAUCUAUACUCGUAUCGAUGAAUUCUCGAUCGGAUGUUGUCGCUCCCAUAGAAAAUAUCAAGAAGAGUCACUUCAUCGUGCCAAACCGCCGUGUUAAUGGAUUUAUUGGGCGUGAGGAUAUCCUAGACAAGAUCGAAAAUGGAUUCUCCUCUGAAUCUGAGUCUCGUAUUGUUGUCCUUCGCGGGUUAGGAGGCCAAGGUAAAACUCAAAUUGCACUUGAGUAUUGCCAUCGUGCAAGAAAAAAUAAUAUUCGGGCCAUAUUCUGGGUUGAUGCAACAUCCGAGAGCACGGUCAAGAAAGAUUUGAAGUCGGUAUCGGAGCAUAUCAAAAGCCCAGCUGACUUAACGCAAGAUGACCAAGUAGUUACCUCCGUGUUAAACAGACUUCGGGACUGGGAUGAGCCGUGGCUAAUUAUUUUUGAUAAUCAUGACGACCCUUCCAGUUUUCAUCUCCUCGAUUUCAUGCCAUCAGGGCAACAUGGACGAAUUUUGAUCACGAGUAGACACGCAGAUACUGCCUUACUAGCUGAAAGAGAUCAUGACAUUGAGCUACAUGGGCUCCCGAAAGAUGAUGCUUGUGAUCUUCUCAUCAAACAAAGCCGGGUAAGCAAUACCGCAUCGCGCGACGACGCAUACGCUAUCGUUGAUCGCUUGGGGUACCAUGCACUAGCUAUCACGCAGGCAGGAUCAUAUAUCCAAAGUCAAAAGAUUGCAUUAUCUCAAUUUAUGGAUAAAUAUAAUCGCCAACGAGAAGCAAUAUUACGGGAAACGCCACGAAUGUCACAGUAUCGACGUAAGAUUGGGGAGGCUGCGGACGAAACGGCAUUGAACGUCUUUACAACCUGGGAGCUUUCCUACCAGCAAUUAGAGACGCUUGAUGACGAGAAACGUUACAAGUCGAAGAUUCUGACUUUAUUUGCUUUUUUCAAUUGUCAAAAUAUAUCCCAACAAUUAUUUGAGACUUAUUGCACAACAGAACUCUUCUCCUGGCCCGACAUACUAGAGAUCGAAGAACCUUUACUCUUGUUUGUUGGUGAAGACGAGAAGUGGGAUGGACAAAAGUUUGUGGAUAUUUUGAAUGAUCUCUCUCGGCUGUCCCUGAUCCAAAGCUGGUACCGAGACGAGAAUAAUCGUUGUCAUCUCUCUCUACACCCUUUGGUUCAGGACUGGAUUCGCGUGCGCGCUUCUUCACAACUAUGCUACGACUCCGCCCUUCUCGGCGCUUAUGUCAUGGCAACAGUUCUCAAACGAUGUUACUCUCAUGAAAUGUACACGAUGCCCUUAUCUCUGCGGCAGGAACUCCUAUCCCAUCUCAGUAUGCACGAAGAAAACCAAGAGCUGAUGGUUACACUCAAGAAAGAUAAAGAGCUCAGUAGCGAUAUGCUGUAUCUAUGUUAUUCGAAGCUCUCGCACUUUUACUUUGACAACGGUUUAUAUAGAGAAUCUGAGAAGAUUGCUCGUCAAUGGGUGGCAGCGAGUUCAUGCGAAUAUGGACCGGAGGACGCUGAAACUUUAGAUGCUCGUACAUGGUUGGCAGAUGUGUUAUCUAGGCAAAAGAACUUCGAAGAAUCAUUUCAUAUAGACCGAGAGGUGCUAAAAUUACGCAGGAAACAUUUUGGUUCCGAAAAUCCAGAUGUAUUGAGAGAUACACAUAACAUUGGAUGGAGUCUAAUGGAAAGAGGACAACUUGUUAGAGCCGAGAGGAUUCUCAGAAGAGUCAUCGAGAUAAAAGAGAGGGUUCUCGGACAUGAUCACAUAGCAACAUUUUCAAGUGUCCUCGCCCUUGGUUGUGUUUUCCAAAGUGCAGGGAAAUAUGCUGAUGCUGAAGCCCUUUACCGGAACUUGAUUCACGACAGCCAAAGAAUAUUUGGAUCAAAUCACAGUACUACAAUCCACUUUAUGAAACACUUAGCCUUCGUUCUCGAAGAUCAAGGAAAAUGUUCCGAAUCCCUGACCUAUUUUGAAAGUGUUUAUGCACACCGACUAGCAACGCUAGGGCCCAAUAAUCCCAAAACAUUGAAAUCUGAGCAUGAUUGCGCGAUUGUACGCGUAAAUCUCGAACAACAAUUACAGCGCAAACAGAGAAAGGCCAGAAGGAUAUCAUCCGCAAGCCAAACCGAUUCUGAAAGCGAUACAGAAUCUGAAGUCUCCGAGCUCGGUGAUGAAUCCAUUUUCUCUACAUACGAGCGAAAUUUACUCUGGUCAUCUGGUUCGGAUAUAGAGAAAUCUCUAUUCUUGACUUCCGAAGGAGAAGAAGGAGAGAGGAAGGAGGAGGUUGCAGACGAGGAUGAAAACGACGAAGAAGAUGAGGAAGAAGACGCAGAUUCAAUCAUUGCAACAAAAAACGAAACCGUCGAUAUCCAAAUACCAGAAGCUCUAGAAGAUGGACGGGAAGCAAGCGAAAAAUUAAUAGAGGAGCAGAAGGAGGAGGAGGAUAAGCUCAAGGCAACGAACAUUUGA